GUCCAAAACGAUUUCCUUCCAGAGCACCAAUCCCCCUAGCCAUGACUAGAAAGAAAGUCACCCUGGCUUACAUCGCCAACGACGCCGCGAGGAAAGCCACUUUCAAGAAGAGAAGGAAGGGCCUAAUGAAGAAGGUGAGCGAGCUGAGCACGCUGUGCGGGAUCGAGGCAUGCGCCAUCGUCUACAGCCCGUACCAGGCCGAGCCGGAGGUGUGGCCAUCCACGCUGGGGGCACGCCGCGCCAUUGCCAGGUUCAAGAACAUGUCGGAGAUGGAUCAGAGCAAGCGGAUGGUGAACCAGCAAGGGUUCAUCCGGCAGAGGAUUGUGAAGGCCGAGGAGCAGCUGAAGAGGCAGCUGCGUGAGAACCGCGAGAAGGAGAUCUGCCAGGUGAUGUACCGGGCCCUCGUCGGCGAGCCACUCCAGGGCCUGACCCUCGUGGACUUGAACGACUUGGGGUGGAUGUUGGAGAAGACCGGGAAGGAGAUCGAGGAGAGGAUCAAAAAGCUGAAGAACAUGGUGCCGGGCUCGGAGCAGGCGGCACCAGCGGAGCCAAAGGUAGAUAAGGGUUCGGAGGAGGAGAAUGGUGAGGCGGCUCCGAAGAACAAUGCCGCUCUGAAUGAUGUCGUGGCCGUGGAGGCCAUGCAGAACCAGCCUUGGUACAUGGAGUUUCUGAAGCCGCGCAACGAGAGCAAUACCAUGAAUCUCAGCAAGAACGAGCCGAGGCCGUCCUACCCGUACGGAAACCCUCCUCCUCCAUGGUCGAACUUCUUCUUCCCAUGAAAGAAUUUGGAAGUGUUCUCCUCUUGGUCCUUAGUGAAUCGAAAUAAGAUGAAAAUAAGAUCGUUUUGGUGGGUCUAGGGCGAAAGUGAUGUGUUGUUGUCUAUUCAUUUCUAUGGCUAUUGGGUUUAUAUGAUCUGUGUCUAGCUUAUUUCCUGCCUUCAUUGAUUCUUGAAGAUGACCUAAUGUUU